AUGAAGUUCACCACCAUCAUCGGCCUUUUCGGUCUCGCCCAGCUCGUCCUUUGUGAUAAACGCGGUAGCUACACCGUCCCCGGCCUAGGAGAGCGCAAGCAAGCCCUCCUCAAGGCAGGCGGAAACACCAUGGAUAUGGCGAUUGCCAUGCUAGAGAGUGACCACAUGAAAGCCGACUACGUCUACGGCGACGGCAAGUCCGGCGACGCGACCAACUUUGGCAUCUUCAAGCAGAACUGGAUGAUGCUGCGUACCUCCGCCCGGGAUUUCCAGGGUCAGUCUGUUGAGCAGGUGUCCAAUGGGGCUGUCUUGAACCACAACCUGAAGAAAGAUGUCAAGGCCCGCCAUGACGGGGAGAAGCACUAUGGCUUUGAUACCUGGUUUGCAGGCCACCGCAAUGGAGCUUCUGGACUGCAGAAUCCGCACACGGAUGAUAUAAAUACAUAUAAAAGUGCCGUUCAGUGGAUCAAGCAGCAGAUUGAGAGUGAUCCCAAGUAUCAGAAGGAUGAUACCAGGUUCUAUGUUGAUGUUAUGGCAAUCUAG